AUGGCUUCAACCGGGCAGGAUUGCGCAGCAGCCGCAGCCCGCAAAACAGCAACACAACAACACAACUGGAAGCACAGCAACAAACUGAUCUCCACGGCAACCUUAACGCUGCUCAUACUCUUCCUCAGCAGUUGGAUUGCCUAUGCAACGGCAACGGCAACGGCAACAGUUACUGCAACCACAACAACAACAGUCACAACAGCAACGGCAACAUUCACGGAACAGCCGGGAACAGUGACUGUGAGAGGCAACGGCGCUGGCGAGGAUUUGGCAGAGGAUUUCAACAGCAGCAGCGCCUUUUUGGGCGCCAUUGCUGCGGUUGGCUCGUUCAGCAGCAGCCCCAUUGCCAUUGUCAGCCAUCCGGGCAGCACCAGCAGCACUCCAAAUGGCAGCAGCAGCAGCAGCACUUUGGAGUCCAUGUCGGAUACGCCGCGACUGUUGGAUGAAGUGGCGGGGCAAGAGGAAUUCGAGUUGCCAGCACUGCAAUCGGUUAUUGUGAGCAUUAUCCUGUUAAUUGUCAUACUGGGCACGGUGGUGGGCAAUGUGCUGGUCUGCAUUGCCGUGUGCAUGGUACGCAAACUGCGACGACCCUGUAAUUAUCUGCUCGUCUCACUGGCGCUAUCCGAUCUCUGUGUGGCGCUGCUCGUCAUGCCCAUGGCCCUGCUCUAUGAGGUGCUCGAGCGCUGGAGCUUUGGCACACUGCUCUGCGACAUUUGGGUGUCGUUCGAUGUGCUCUGCUGCACCGCAUCCAUACUCAAUCUGUGCGCCAUCUCCGUGGACAGAUAUCUGGCCAUUACCAAGCCACUGGAGUAUGGCGUGAAGCGUACACCGCGUCGCAUGAUGCUCUGUGUGGGAGUUGUGUGGUUGGCGGCCGCUUGCAUCUCGCUGCCGCCGCUCCUGAUACUGGGCAACGAGCACGAGGAUGAGGAUGGUCAGCCCAUAUGCACGGUGUGCCAGAACUUUGCAUAUCAGAUAUAUGCCACGCUGGGCUCCUUCUACAUACCGCUGUCCGUGAUGCUCUUCGUCUACUAUCAGAUCUUUAGGGCCGCCCGUCGCAUUGUCCUGGAGGAGAAGCGCGCCCAGACGCAUCUGCAGCAGGCGCUCAAUGGCACCGGUUCCCCGCAGACCGCCACAGCUCCGACCCUGGGCCACACGGAUCUGGGCAGUGGCAGUGGCAAUGGAGCAGGAGCGGGAGCUGGACAUGGACAUCGCCAUAGCAGCGUGGGCAACACAUCGCUCACCUAUUCCACCUGCGGCGGACUGAGCACCAGCGGGGCAGGUGCUGGCGGCGGUGUCGUGGGCAUUCCACAUGGCCAUCAUGGCAGUGGUUCAACUGGACUGCUUGGUUCGCCGCACCACAAGAAGCUGCGCUUUCAGCUGGCCAAGGAGAAGAAGGCAUCCACCACGCUGGGCAUCAUCAUGUCCGCCUUUACCAUCUGCUGGCUGCCCUUCUUCAUUCUCGCACUGAUCCGACCCUUUGAGACGAUGCAUGUGCCGCCAUCGCUGUCAUCGCUCUUCCUGUGGCUGGGCUAUGCCAACUCUCUGCUGAAUCCCAUCAUCUAUGCGACGCUGAAUCGUGACUUCCGCAAACCCUUCCAGGAGAUACUCUUCUUCCGCUGCUCCAGUCUCAACAGCAUGAUGCGAGAGAACUACUACCAGGAUCAGUAUGGCGAGCCUCCCUCCCAGCGGGUAAUGCUGGGAGACGAACGCCAUGGCGCCCGGGAGAGUUUUCUGUGAGCUCAUUGAGUCAUCAAUGGGAUGACUUCUUGCAUCAUCAUCUGUAUCUGUAUCUGCAUCUGUAUCUGCAUCUGUAUCUGUAUCUGUUGUCCUCUAUUAAUAACUUACACUAUUAAAACACACACAUAGUCAUACCAAUGAGUAUUUUUUGUAUGUAGUAGUGUUGAUAGCGAAUACUGCAAAAUCCAUAAGAUACGAUAUAUGAUAUAUACAUAUAUGUAGACGACUUCUCUAAGUGUAACUAAACGUUGUAACUUUUAAAUGUAGCGCUAAGCAAUGAAGUGGGCUAAGGCUAAGAAUAUCCCACAUAACCACACACACACACACACAUACACACCCACACACACCCACACACACCCAGCUGAAAGACGGUUGUAAUACUGUUAAUCCAAGGACAGGUUUUCACGGUUCCUUUCCGAUCACAAUCACUAUCGAUAUCGAAUCUAUUGAGCCCACUGCGAGCGCAGUUCAUUUGCGAUACUCAAAACUGAGCCAAAAAUUAAAUUAAACAAAUUGAAAUCAAGCAUAUUUAAUAUAUAUUGUGUCACCUAAUUUACAUAUGCAAAUACAUAUACAUAUACAUAUAUGUAAGUAUAUAUAUAUAUAGGUCUUAAAGCAUGACAAAAAGAAGGUCUUCAACCCGUCGAACUGUAAAUAACCGCAAUACCAAAGCUAAGAUACAUACAUACAUACAUACAUACAUAUACACACACAUAUAUAUGUAUGUAUGCAGCUCGAAACUGUCUCAAAACGUAUAUUUAUUAUACUCGUAUGGCUAAAGCUAAAGCUCAAGUCUAAUACACAACAUGUAUGGAUGGAUUUACACACAAAACAAAUUAAGAAGAAACUAUCUGCAUUAUUAAUUUUGUAUUGUUUUUAUUGUAUUUGUAUAAAAGUCACGCCUCUCUGUGAUACCAAACAUUAAGCAUUAAUUUUAUGUUUAGAACAACAAACAAACUACAUUAAUAUACAUGUAAUGCUAAUAACUAAUUACAUUUAACCUAAUGUAGUACUUAUAUACGAGUACUACCUAAAUAUACAUAAAUAUUAAUAUAUAUAUAGAUAUAUAUAUAUAUCUAGUCUGUUAAGUCUACUAAGUGUGCGUGUUUUUUAAAUGUAUGUCUACGGCUAAGCACAUGAUAUUCAAAACAAAUAAGCUAAAUUACAUCUGAAUGUGUAAUUGAAUGUUGAACAAAUUUGGGAGAUAAAUAGCUAAUGUUAAUCGCCCUCUCCUCUCCUCUCCUCUUCUCGUCCCACUCUCCCCCACAAAACAAAACUAAAAACAAACAAACAAACAAAGAAAUGAGCAUGACAAACUAAGCGCAUCUAAUGCUAUGCAACUUAGAACUAAAGUUCAGUAAGUAAACCAAAAUAUGAAAAUGGUAUUAAAAUACAUAUAUAUAUAUAUACAUACUAUAUAUAGAUAAAACUCAACCGAGUGAAGCUUACCAACUGUAAAACGUAAAAUGUAAACUGCAUUUGAAUUCUGUUUCCCACAGCUGAAAGUGCAAGUGUAAAAUGAAAGUAAACACGAAAUACAUACAAACAAAAGAGCAGAAAUUAAAGCAUCAAAUAAAACGCAACCAUAUAAAUGUAA